AUGCUCUGUUCCUUCGACAGCCCAAGGUGUACGAAUCACCAAGAAUCGCGCCGUCACUUGGCUGACAGAGUACUGGAGCCGUCGCACGCCGCAUUUGCCCGGCCUGAGAGGAGAGAUCGACACUUCGUCGAUCUCUAUUUUGAACGAUUCUACCCCUACUGGCCAUUCGUUCAUCGCGUAUCAUUCAAUGUAUCUCGUGAAACGCCUUUACUCACGCAGUCAAUGAUGGACAUCGGCCUGUGGGCGAGCGGAGAGCAGAGCGCGCAGCGCGCCACACUCGAUCUCCACAGGACGUUGGACUUGGCCAAUCAUCAACAAAGAGAAGUAUGGGAUGCUUCUAUUGCAGAAGACGCCGGCAGCACAUGUUCCUGGCCAAUCGCGACGUACCAGGCGAUCCUAUUGCACGUUAUGUUCGCUAUAAUGCGUCAGGGCGGUUCCUCCGUGGGGUUUGACUUGAAGCUUGCACUUCCCCCUGCUGAUAGCCAACUCCUAGAUUCCCUUGUAGGGAGUUGCAAGCAACUAGGCAUGUUCUACUAUCCAAACAUCGUUGCCCAGCAUCUUCCAGUGUCGGUGACUGAAAUUGCCUGGGUUGGUAUCGAAGAGGUAAAACGAUUCAACCUGACCCUUUACAAAGUCCACAAGAUGUUGAGCAGGUGGGAACCAGGAGCUGGCCUUGCAGAAGGCGACACUGUGCCCGAAGCAUCAGGCAGAGGCCUCGCUGCGAUCGAUCUACAGUUCCCAAUGCCCACGAAUAACCGGUUAUGGAACGCCGCGAACAAGAAUGGAUGUCUGCGCCCAAAUAUGUGGGCCAUUUCACGUUGGAAGACGCCAAGGAAGACGAAUGGAUCUCCAACUCGGCAGAACUUGUUGCACUAUUGGCCUAGUACAUAG